ACUUUCAAGUCAUGCUAAGCUCUCUUUUAGCUAGUUCUCUAAUUUUGUAUCCUCCCGAAAACAGUCGCAUAAGCUAGCAUGAUGGAAGACGAUCGUAAGCGGAAUUUUCUACGAACGGCGCUGCUGGAAGAGGUGCUUGCCAAAAAUGCGGAUCUUAAAAAUUCGAAAGUAGUGAAGUGUACCUUGACAGCACCGGAAUCUUUGGAUGGUUUUAUGGCCACCAUCUAUAGCUUGGAUGUAAUCGCACGAGCAAGCGAUGCUGAGUCAUUGCAUAAAUUGAAGCUACUGGUGAAGGUGAUGAAAGGGGAUGAGUCGUUUCGCCGUCACUCGCUGGGACUUAUUUUGUUUCCAAAUGAAAUCAACGUUUAUGGAAACAUAAUACCGGCUUUUCGUGAACUAAUUCUAAACAGUAAAGCUGCUAUUGAUACGGACACUUGGUGCCCGAGAGUUUUCUUUGCGGAACAGGGCAACUUCGCUAGUUACAGUGAUCAGUUUGAAACGAUUCUGGUGAUGCAGAACGUUCAAGAGCUGGGCUAUUCAUCCGGGCCGCGACUGGAUCUAGAUGAAGCUCACCUUACGCUGAUGGCGCGAAAUAUUGCACAGUUCCAUGCAUGCAGUUAUGCAAUGAGGAUUCUCAAUGCUGAUCGGCUUAAACAACUGGUUGACACUAUCAUUCCACUGAAUUUUAUUAAAGAUGGAGAAGUGUGCUUUAAAAGUUACGACAUUGUUUUUAAAUACACCCAGGCUAGAUUAUACGAUUAUUUGGAUUCCAACCCGAAUGUUUUCACAAACGACGAAGCCCGGGCGGACAUUGCGAGACUACGGAGCAAAUAUCGAGGCGAACCGUCAAAACUAAUGCAACGAUGUAUACAGCAAAAUGAUGUCUAUUCAGUGAUCCUUCAUGGGGACUUUAAUCGUAACAAUGUACUUUUUAAGUACGACGGACUUACACCUGUGGAUGUUGUUAUGAUUGACUUUCAGGAAAAUCGAUUUGGAUCUCCUGCGGUAGAUCUUUCCUUUUUCAUGUACAUGAACAUUAACGACGAAUCGAGAGAGAAGCUGUGGGAUAAAAUACUUCGAGUCUAUUACGAUGAAUUAUUUACGUGUAUUGUGGAAAUUACAGGUUUGCCUGCCGAUGACGAUCGUUUGAAACAGUACAGCUAUGAAAAGAUUAUGCAACAUCUCUCGAACUAUUUCGUCUACGGUGCUAUGAUUGCGGUGAAAUUUCUUCCAACAAUGAUGGCAACUCCCGAAGAAUUGGCGCAGAUUGUGCACUACUUUCACAACGAUCUCUAUUCGGAUCAGUUCGGAAAAAUCCUAAUGCAAGCCGGUGGAGAAAGCGCUAGCCGACGGAUAACUAAUGUUAUGAUGCACUGCUCUAGAAAGGGAUAUUUGAAAUUUCUUACAGAGUAGCUAUGGAAACGAUGCUAUUGUUACCUUCGAAACGCAUUGGAUGAGUUAGCAUAAAUUUAAUCCUUUAUCUGAUUAUUCUCUAAAUUCACGCAUUACGAAAUAAAAUUCACAUUAUGAUUUUUAGGUUAAUCUUAGACACCUUACUAUUUCUUUUUGGCACUCCAUUUUUUAGUUACAUUCAUACUUGACAGUAAUACAAACGAAACUAUGUAAAUAAUUGCAAACAACUAAAUGAUGCAAAGCAGUAAAUUUAACGCACAAAACCUAUUUCCGGAUAAAACAGAUGAUAAUUCUUUCUCGCCUUGUAAAUUGCAGCGUCACCAAGCAGGCACGAAUAUUCCGUUAACUCUGUUUUCCUGUAAGACAUCAGUUUGGAAUAAAUUCUUCCAGUAUAUGGAUAUAAUCGGACAAAGGAAAGGGAUGGUCGCUCACUUUUCAAUAGCUGUUCACUUUCAGGACAUCAAAUUGUACUAGGUUCAAUGUUUAAAUGAUAGAAUCUGUUGAAGAGCGCUGGUGUUUUUACACUUUAACAAAAUUAGUUCUAUUCGGGAAAAAUACCACUAUUACUGGAUGGCGGUCAUGCUAUAUAUACUUUCGGACAUGUAACGAGUUCGAUUAUUUCAGUAACAAACGGAUUAGAUGUGUAGUUCGAUUAAGAAUCGAUGCAAUUUGCUCCUGAAGAAAAUCGCAGAUAUUUUUCAACAAAACUUCCGGCUCUUCCUGAGUUUACUGAGAUUUCACACUCUACUGUAACCCUUCA